CGCGCGUGCUCCUUCAGUCCGGCGCCAACAGCCCAAACCACCGAUUCAUAUCCGGACACCGAAGAGAGAAGGGAAAGGAAUUCUCGCGGAGACGAAUAAAAGAAAAUCCAAUAAAAAACAAACGGAAAAUCGAUCGGCGAGCGUCUCGAGCUUCCAGGAGUCCCGUGUCGCCUCUGCAGAGAAUUAGGAGUGAGGGCCGUUCGUAGGAGAGACUAGAGAGAGAGUGUGUGCAGCGAUGUGUCAGUGAAAAGUUGUGGCGCGAGAAAACCAAGAGGUAGAAAACCCAGAAGACUGAACGAGGAACAGAAUGACAAACACCAUGAAGCAGACUGUCAUUAAAAAUCCAACAUGGUGGAAGAGGCGAUCGACCCUGGAGCGCGGUUUAACAGUGAUUGCAGUCUGCGGGAUCCUCGCAUGCAUCGCGCUGGCUGUUGCACUUGGCGUUCUAGCCGCGAAUCCUCCAUCCUGCACCGCGCCGUCCAGAAAAGAGCCUGUUAACUCAGAGGGAUUACCGUCCACAGCCGAUGCGUUGGGCGGAUAUGAGAACAAAAAGAACACGCAAGUCUUCGAUAAAGGACCCUUUUGCGAAGAAGGCGUAUGCUACACGCCAGAAUGCAUUCACACGGCCUCCAGAUUAUUGACGAACAUGGACCUCGAGGUAGAGCCCUGUGACGAUUUCUACGAUUUUGCUUGCGGUGGUUUCCUGAAGUCUACUACUAUUCCGGAUGACAAGACUAGCGUAAAUACGUUCACUGGAAUCAGCGAUGAUUUGCAGAAACAAUUAAGGAUCAGUAUUGAAGAAAAGAGUUCACCAGAUGAGCCGAAACCGUUUAGGCUCGUGAAGAAUUUGUACAAAGCUUGCAUGAACAAGACGCUUAUCGAGCAACAAGGUUUAGAUCCUCUGUUAAACAUUUUACGAAAACUCGGUGGUUGGCCUGUACUGGAAGGCGGCCAGUGGAACGAAGACGCAUUUAAUUGGAAGGAAUCGGUUUACAAAUUCCGUGAGAUGGGCUACUCGGUUGAUUACUUCAUCGAUUUUAGCAUUGGCGUUGAUUUGAAAAACAGCACGAAGCGUAUAAUCGAUUUGGAUCAAGCAUCUCUUGGACUGUCGCGUGAAUAUCUGUCGAAAGGUUUCGAUGACAAAAUUGUGCAAGCAUAUUAUAAUUACAUGGUUGAUAUCGCAGUCAUUCUGGGAGCUAAUAAGACAGACGCAAUGUCAGAAUUAAAGGAGUCAUUGGAGUUUGAGAUGAAUCUUGCCAAUAUCUCUCUGCCAAACGAAAAGCGUCGGAACGCCACCCUCCUUUACAACCCUAUGACAGUACAAGAGUUAUCAAACAACUAUCCCAGCGUUCCAUGGAAAGAAUACUUCAACACCCUUCUCGCACCCAACAUCCAAGUUGACGAAAAUGAAGUUGUGAUCGUUAGCGUUCCCAGUUACAUCACGAACUUGGAGAAGCUGUUGGAUUCUACUCCGAAAAGGGUGCAAGCUAACUACGUGAUGUGGAGAGCGGCCGCUUCCUCCGUCAGCUAUCUCACGGACGACAUUCGGAAGAGACAGUUGCAAUACUCUACAGCGUUGAGUGGUAGAACAGAAAGAGAGUCUAGAUGGAAGGAGUGCACCGAUACAGUUUCCGGUAGUUUGGCCAUAAGUGUCGGCGCUAUGUACGUAAGGAAAUACUUCAAAGAAGAUGCGAAGAAGAACGCAGUCGAAAUGGUGGCUGACAUCAGAGAAGAAUUUACGAAGAUAUUGAAAAAGGUCGAUUGGAUGGACGAUGAGACGAGGAAAAGUGCUCUAAAGAAAGCAGCCAGCAUGUCCAGCCACAUUGCCUACCCGGACGAAUUACUGGAUGACAAAAAGCUCGAAGAGUUUUAUGAAAAACUAGAACUAACUACUGACAAUUACCUGGAAGGUAUUCUAAAUUUAACUUUGUUCGGAGUAGAGUAUUCCUUCAGUAAACUGAGGAAACCCGUAAAUAAGAGCGACUGGGUGACUCACGGAAGGCCUGCUAUCGUCAAUGCUUUUUACUCGUCGAUCGAAAACAGUAUUCAAUUCCCUGCGGGCAUUUUACAAGGCGCUUUCUUCAGCAACGACCGUCCGAGGUACAUGAAUUACGGAGCAAUUGGUUUCGUGAUUGGUCAUGAAAUAACGCACGGGUUCGAUGAUCAAGGCAGACAAUUUGACAAAGAUGGGAAUCUGGUCGACUGGUGGGCGCCCCAAACGAAGGAGAAUUAUUUAGAAAGAGCGGAGUGUAUCAUUCACCAGUAUGGCAAUUAUACCGUCGAAGAUGUUGGCCUGAAUUUAAAUGGUAUUAAUACUCAAGGUGAGAACAUCGCCGACAAUGGUGGGAUAAAGGAGGCAUAUUUAGCGUAUCAAGAAUGGGUCAAGCGAAACCAUGCAGAAGCGAAAUUGCCAGGUCUACCGUACACCCCGGAACAACUGUUCUGGAUUAGCGCGGCGAACACCUGGUGCAGCAAAUACCGACCGGAAGCAAUGAAGCUUCGCAUUACAACCGGUUUUCACAGUCCUGGCAAAUUCCGUGUCCUUGGUCCUCUGUCGAACAUGGAAGAAUUCGCCAAGGAUUUCAAUUGCCCCGUUGGCUCAAAGAUGAAUCCUGAAAAGAAAUGCUCCGUUUGGUAAACGAUUAGCGAUGAGAAAAACGGAGAGACAGCGAGUAACGUAAUUACGAAUCGACGAAACUUCUCUUCUUAUUAAAGAAGAACGGUUUGCAGUCGAUAUUUUUCUCUGCAUAUAGCUUCUCGUUAAGAACGACGAUCUUGAUACGAUUAAGGGAAGUUGCAAUUACGAGUAAGUUGAACCAUGUUUUAAUGGGUCGUUGUGGAUGCUGACGGAAUUCGGUUAACAGUGAUGGUGCUGCGACGAUAGUGGGACUGAUCGAAUUUAAAGAGACAAAAGUGCUCAGAGAAAUAAAUCAGUAAACGGUACAUAUUGCUGACACAGAAUAAAUCUUUUUUUAUAAGAGA